AUGGCCCGGGGAGGAACCGGAUUUGGCGUCAUGGACCUUUUGAAGCAGGUUUCUUUUGAAGGGUUUCACGUUUGCACUAGUGGGGGAGUUUGUUUCAUUUUUCAUAGUUUAAUUUGGUUUGUGUUGGGGGAGAUUCACAGCUUUCUUGGGACGCUGUAGAAAGGAAAAAUGAAGAUUCAAACUGUUUUUUUGAUAGGAAAAAUUUAUUGAAAGAUUUGAUUUUUUUAAUUCAACCAAACUUAAUAUCCAUGUUUUUUUAAUCACUUUUUAUUUUUAGGUAGUUUCGGAGAACAUGUUCGGCCCCAGAAACUCACAAAAUCCGCUCGCUUCGUCGCUACGUUUCGCUCCGAGCAGCAGGUAAUCUACUUACCGAGACUUUAAAGGAGCAUAGGUGAAAUUCAGAAAUGUAUCUCGAGACGAAGAGCUUUUUUCAGGGUUUAUUUGGACUCUGUGCCUUCAAAAAUCUUGAAGACUUUUUUAAAGUUCCAUUUGAAGCAAAUUUUUCGUGUAAAAAGGAUCAGUUGUUUAUUGAUUAAUUUGAUUUUUCCAUGUCAAAUAUACUAAAAUUAAAUUAAAUGGACAAUUUUCCCAGUAAAACUUUUCAAUUUCAGAACGGACGCUGGUGUCCAUGCCCUUCGCAAUUCAGUGAUUUGUCAGGUAUUUUAUUUUCAGUCGAAUAAAAUUCUAAAGAUACUUAAUAUUUAGGUUCCUCUAGAGUUUGCCAAUCUUGACGAGAAUGAGACAAGGAAAAAAGAGAGUUUAACGAGGUGGAAUAGGGCGAUUUCUGCAGUUUCUCCUGGUUUUCAAUCACAUUUUUAAGAAAAAAAAACCGAAAUAUUUACAGAAGCAAUGUCCAUUCUGGACGUUCAUAGAGUUUCUGCCGGUUUUUGUGCACGUCGGAAUGUUUCUUAUAGGUAUAAUUUACUGACCAAAACUUUCAGGGGUAAUUAAAGGCGCAUAGGCAGAUUCCUUAAUGGAUCUUAGGAGGAGAGCCAUUUCUUGACGGGAAAGAUGCGACUUUUAGGUUUCAGAAAUUACUUGUGACAGAAAGAGUAGUCGAUCCUCAAAGUCCUCCUUAAGUGAUCAGUAGAGGAAUCUUAAGAGGUCACUCAACAUUUUUUGUAGUGAUCACUUGAGUAGCACCGGAGGGAUAUAUGCAGUACUUGGAAAAUAUUCAAGGUCACAAUAGGGGGUUCUCAAGAACUACUUGGAGAGGUCACUGAAGUGGCUACUAAAAUGUCGAAACCUUGAAAUUUUUAGUGGCCACUGUAGAGGUUCCUCAAGGACUUUUUGCAGGACACUAAAGUGGCCACUAAAACAUCAAAACCCUACUAAAGUGGUCACUAACAUUUAUCCAGUAAGCGGCGACAAGAUUCAUCACUACAGCAAGCGGUCAUAGCUGAUUCACGGGUAGCUUGAGACUUACUCGAGGCUCGAAAAAUGGGUCCUGACACGAUAAAAAAGGGACAGUGCCUGAUUGGUGGAGAGCGCUGAGACAGGCCACGCCUCUUUACGUCCUAAGCUACCCGUGAACCAUCUAUUUAAAGGAAAUAUUCUCAUUAUUUACUGAUAGCAAAAAAAAAAGUUCAGUGCAGGCGUUACACCUACCGAUUGGCCGUAGGACGUGACUGGGACCUGUGGGAGUCGAUCCGAGAAGAUCCCACCCUUGCCUGUUUCUCCGAGCAACACUACGCCUGGCGGAUUCCCCCCGGCUUCGAUCCUUCCAAGUUGGCUCAGGCUGCCAAACUUUUCCAAGGUCUCGGAUUCUGAAUUCUUCCUCAAAAAAGUCCUUGGAUGGUAUUGUAAAGCUUCUGCCUCUGUUCCUUGGAGGAUGUUCGAAAGGUUUUCAACAAGAAAACAGCUUUCAACGCUUCAUACUCACCUGUAAGAAACCUUCCAUCAGGUUCCUGAUAGGUAGUCAAAUUUUCUCAUUUUCAACCUUCCUAGGACUUCACAACUACCUUCCAAACGCCUAGAUACCUCCUUUCGAUAACCGUCUCAAAGUGUCCCUCGGAUUAGCGUGAAUAUAGCUGAUUCACGGCUGGCUUGAGCCAUCGAGAAAAGGGUCCUGCCACGAAAAGGGACGAGACAGUGCCCUGGUUGGUGGAGAGUGCAGACAGGCCACGCCUUUUUGCGUCCCAAGCUAGCCGUGAAUCGUCUAUAGUAUACAUGCUUGUCACGUUUUUUUUUAUCGUUGCAAAUAUACCGUAUACCAUUAGAUCACGGGUCUUAAAGCGAAAAUCCAAAAACGUGCAGGUCUCGGAGUGGUUCUUUCCAUGCUCUCUGAAAAAAAAAAACUUUACAAGUUAGCGACCGCAUUUAAUUCUCAAACAAAGCAAAAAAGAAAGAUAAGACAGUUUUUUAGAGACGCUUCAAAACUGAAAAACACUGUAAAAAUACACGUCGAAAGAAUAAAAAGAGAGAAAACAAAAGCUGGAAUAAUGUCCCAUUUUUUUUCAAUUUUUCAGGAGUUCAUGUGAUGGGAUCUUUUUUUAAACACGGCGAACGGGAAAAAAGGAAAGAACCCGUCACGCCGAACGCCAUCAAAAGCAUUCUACACGUUGGUAUAUAUCCAGGUUUUGGACAUUUUUGAAAAAUUGUCUCAUAAUUAUUAUUUCUAGGCGAGCCGUAUUCCUAUGAAAACGAUAUUUAUGACUACUACAAUGUCACAAUCGUUGCCAAGUCUUUCGUACGGGAGCAGGUUUGAAAACUUUGAUUGUUUAAAUGGAAUUUAGUUUGAGCAGAAUAUUUCUCUGUAGUUUUCGAAGGCGGAAAUUUAAUUUUUGGGACAAUUUUUUUCUAGGUAGGGACCGCAAAGCCACGCCCCUUUUUGCGAUAGAAAAAGUGGCUUUUUUUUGGUUUUCAACUUUCAUUUUGUUUUAGUUGCAAAAUAUAUGGAACUGGAUAAUAAAUUUUUGACACACAUGUACAGAAAAAGCUUCCUCUUUCGUUAAAAGAAUAUUUCACGCUUUUUUUGAUGCGUUCUCGCGGAAUGUCGUACAAAAAAACGUGAAUGCAACUAAAAAAAUUUGUCAUUUUUUUGCUUUUUUUCAUGUGUUUUUCAGGUCGAACGCACUCUUUUUUUAAAUAAUGAUUUUUGAUUCAAGUAACGGUAAUUUUAAAACAAUAAAAUAAAAAAAUUCGUCUUUGCCAAAAAAAGGGAGUGCCGAAAGUCAUAAUUCAAAAAAAUCGUUAAUAAACGAAUAUAAUCGAGUUUUUUUGUUUUUUUCAAAAAAAUUUAGACCAUGGGCUUACUUAAAUUUUUUUCUCCACAGCAUCUGUGUUUGAAAAAAAGUUGUUUAAUACGCAAAAAAAUGCUCUUGAAACUAGAGAGUAAAAUUAGCGGCGUUUAUCACACAGAAAGCGGUCGAACGCAGGUUUUUUUAAACGAUUAUAUACAUUUAUUAGUUAAAAAUCUUUCAAUUAAAAGAAUAAAAUAAAAAAUUCGUCUUUGCCAAAAAUUUACGGGGCCGUUUUAACGCAGCGAUCGUUUAACGAGGCAAAAAGCACUAAAAAACAGUUUUUUCGAAGUGAAUUUCCACGGAAAGUUUGAGUAAAGAUUUGCGAACAUAUUCUGAUAGAAAUAGCUGAAUUACUUUAAACUUUUCUUUUUGAAAUAGGCAAUCUGUGCUAUCCAAACGGCUCAAGGGUAAGGCGGAUGGCAGCUCCCUUCUCUAGACCUGACAGCUUGGCGCAGCGCGUGCGCUGCGAGUUUUCGUUUUGAGGUCGCGAGUUCGAUGCCCGCAAGCGUCAGUUUUUUGUUUUCUGGAAAAUACCGACUUUUUCGGCAAACUAGCUGAUUAACAUCAUUUCAGCACUCUAUUAUGAUUUGUUACAUUAUAAUAGACCAGUAUCAAAACUUGUUCUAGAAGAAAAAUCGAGAAAAAUGUCAAAAAUGGAUAAUACCAAAAAUUCAGUACUAAAAAAAUGGUGCGCGGCGCCCCACAUUUUCCGUCAUAACUUUUUUCAUCCUCAAUCUUUUUCGAAAAACUAAACGGUUCUGAGUUUUUAAUCGAAACAGCUAUCAAACCAUACAUAGCUCAACGCUGAAAAAAAAUUUUUAAAAGUUCGUCUGCGGUCCCUAGCUCUAGGUGAGGAGGGCAUGGAUAUUUUGAAAUAAGUUUAAAAACUAUUCAUUGAAUCUUGAAUCAUCAGAGCGAAUGGUCAAAUUGUCCCUUCAGUUUCUGAGAGUUGAUAUGAAAUAUUUUUAGCGAAAACUUUGCUUUUUCAAGAUCCGCCGAAUGAUGUCGUGCCUAGUCAACCACGCCUAUGGCCGUCUGCCCUUGGAAAAAAUCGUCUGGUUACUGAAAAAUCCGAUCAGCUCCAACUUCUACGACAACAGAAUACCUGUCGCGCCGGCCCAAGGCCUUUUCCUCACCGAUAUCGUCUAUGAGCCUGAACAUUUCAAAAAUCCCGUCCCUUAUCAUUAUCACUCUUGGGACUAUGUUGACUAA